AUUCUUCAAAGAUGUCUGCUGCCAGACCCGUUAUCAACGUCCACUCCGAGACCGGCAAGGGCUCCGCCUCCACUGUCCCCUUGCCCGCCGUCUUCAAGGCUCCCAUCCGUCCUGACAUUGUCAACUUUGUCCACACCAACAUGGCCAAGAACAAGCGUCAGGCCUACGCCGUCUCCGAGAAGGCUGGUCACCAGACCUCUGCUGAGUCGUGGGGUACCGGUCGUGCUGUUGCCCGUAUUCCCCGUGUUAACGGUUCUGGCACUCAUCGUGCUGGUCAGGCUGCUUUCGGUAACAUGUGCCGUAGCGGUCGUAUGUUCGCCCCCACCAAGACCUGGCGCAAGUGGCACAUCAAGACCAACUUGAACCAGAAGCGUUUCGCCACUGCCUCCGCUUUGGCUGCUUCUGCUUUGCCCUCGUUGGUCAUGGCCCGUGGUCACCGCGUUGAGCAGAUCGAGGAGGUCCCUCUUGUCGUCAGCGAUGCCGUCCAGACCUUGACCAAGACCAAGGAUGCCGUUGCCCUCUUGAAGGCUUUGAACGCCUACGACGAUAUCGUCAAGGUCUCCAACUCCCGCAAGCUCCGUGCUGGUGUUGGUAAGAUCCGUAACCGCCGUCACCGUCAGCGUCGUGGUCCCCUUGUCAUCUACAACGAGGACAACGGUAUCGUCAAGGCUUUCCGCAACUUGCCCGGUGUUGAGCUUUGCAACGUUCGCCGCUUGAACUUGCUCCAGCUCGCUCCUGGUGGUCACGUCGGCCGUUUCGUCGUCUGGACCCAGAGCGCUUUCUCCCUUUUGGAUGAGCUCUACGGUACCUACGAGUCCCCCGCCACCUUGAAGAAGGACUACGUCUUGCCCGCUCACAUCAUGACCAACCCCGAUGUGACCCGCUUGAUCAACUCGGACGAAGUCCAGUCGGUUGUCCGCCCCGCUGGUGCCAAGAACAACAAGCGUCCCUUCACCCAGAAGAAGAACCCUCUUCGCAACACCGCCGUCAUGGGCCGCCUCAACCCCUACGCCAACGUCCUCCGCAAGGCCGAGAAGAAGGCUGCUGCCGGCAAGGUCGCCAAGCCCACUGCUCAGAAGAAGAAGAGUGCCAACACCGCCGCUUCCAAGCAGUUCUUGGAGACUCUCCACUCUGCUUAAGUCUUUUGACUCCAUGUCUUACGAGCGAAAUAAAAUGCUGCCGAUAUUUCUACGAGCAU